GUAUUGAUAGAUUACUAUUGCUUAAUGAAAAUAGUGAUUCAGCUUUGUUUUCAGGAAAGAAAUUUACUUCGUGGGAUGAAUGUGAAAUGUUUUUAAAUGAAUGGGCAAAACAACAAGGCUUUCAUUUAAUAAAAGAUCGUGUCACUCGUGAUGAUGGUGUUAUUCGUCGAAGAACAUUUAUCUGCUCUCAUGGACGUACUUAUGAAUCAAAUUCAUCAAGAAAUACUGCUACAAAGAAAUUAAAUUGUCCCUUUUCCAUUAAUGUUUCAUGUCCAAAAAACAAAAAUCCCGAAGGUCUGGUGUCUAUAAAUAAAAUCAAUGAAGAUCAUAAUCAUCCAUUAAAUAGGUCAAUUAUUGAAUUUGAGGAAUCAAAGAAAUUUACUAUGGAAAUGAUUGAAGACAUUAAGUUUAUGACCAUUCACUGCAAGUUUGGUGCUACAUCUCAACGAAAGUUUCUUGAAGGGAAAUUUCCUUCACACCCUAUAUUUUCGAAGGAUCUUUAUGCUACUAUUAAAAAGUUUUGCCCAAAUAGCAAAUCUUUGUCAAAUGAUGCUGCUCAAAUUUCUAAUUGGCUUGAUAAUGAAAAAGAAAAAGAUUCUCGAUGGGUACGUUAUUCUGAUUGUGUCAUAAAUGAUACUACUCAUAAGACAAACAGAUACGGCAUGGUCUUAUUAUUAGUUGUUGGUUUUAAUAAUGAUAGAUGUAAUGUUUUACUUGCACAAGCUCUUCUACUAGAUGAAAAUUUCGAAUCUCAUGUUUGGAUUUAUCCUAUUCACUGUGCAUACAAUAUUACACAAAAUUUACAUAAAAAUCUCAGAAAAUUGCUAGGCAAUGAUUAUCAAGCAUUCCUAACAGCAUUCUAUAGUUGUAGAAAUUGUAUUGUGGAAAAUGUUUUUGAGCAAUGGUUCAACAACCUUUUACAAAAUUAUCCUAAUGCUAAAACAUAUUUGGAAUUUAUUUAUAAAACAAAAAUGUAUUGGGCUCAUUGUUAUACUAAAUUCAAAUUUACAGGAGGAAUGAUAGCCAGUUCUAGAGUUGAAUCUGUAAAUGGCUGUUUAAAACGAUUAUUGCACAAUUCCAAUAUACCAUUAUGCGAUCUUAUAGCUGAAAUUCAAAGACUACUUGAUUUGCAAGACAAGGAAAAUGAAUAUAAUUUCUGGCGUUUAUCGAUUCCUACCAUACGACAUCAGAAAAAUUCAAACUUUUUAUUUUCUAAAAUCGAUCAAAUUCUUCAACAUUAUCUUACUCCUACAAUGUUAAAAAUGCAUCCAAUGCUGGUUGAACGAAAUUGUGAACGAACAUCAGAAAUUGAUCUUCCACAGGCUACUUUAAAACAAAUAAUAAGUUAUGUUGGUCUAAAUAAUGUUAAAGAAAUUUGGGCUGUCAGUGUUGGUAAUUCGUCAAAGAUCAAGCAUUACAUUUUAUUAUUACAAAAUUGGGGAUAUAUUUGUUCUUGUCUUUCAAUUGUACAGAGUGGUAUUAUAUGCAGACAUUAUUUUCAAGUGAUGUUAACUACAAAAGAAGCAGUUUUUCAUAUUAGAUUUAUUCCAACGCGAUGGUAUAAUGAAGACAGAAAUGCUAUUGAAUAUAAUACCGACGAAUUUGUAUCAAAUUUAUGUUUAUUUGAUCAAAACAAUAAUGAUUAUUGUGAGGAAAGAUUAACAGUUUUUGAACAAAAAAUUGUUUAUGGUAAAUUACAUGGUGUAUAUAAGAAAGCCUUAAAUAAGGCUUUACAAACAACUUCUAAAUCGGAACAGCUUAUCAGUUUACUACAAGAAUUUGCGGAUGAUAAAAAUGAUAAUGAUGAAACGGACUCUGAAGAAUUUUAUCAAUAUGAUGACACAAGUGACAAGGAGAAUUUCGAUCCAUCAAUACCAUUAUUACAGAAUCCAAAGAAACGGCGUGAAAAAGGGAGACCAUUGGGUGGUUCUAAAACAAAAACACAACGUCGAUGUAAAAAAUGUGGGAAAGUUGGGCAUUAUCAAAAGAAUUGCAAAGAACAAUGAAUAGAUGACUAAUUCAUUAAUAUUAUUAUAAUGUAUAAUUAAUGUACUAUUUGCUGUAAUAAUGUGUAUAAUAAUAUAUUGUUUUUUUUCGCUUUGCUAAUAAAUAAUAAUUGUUCGAAUAUGUAAAUAUAUCAAUCACGUGAAAUUGUUUAUCAUGUGAUAUUUUGGGAUGUGGCGAUAUUUCGCUAUGGCGAUAAAAAACAAAAUCCUUUUUUUUUUUUAAAAAAAAAGGUUUAAAA